ACGUGAAGGUGACAGUGAUUUGUUCACGAUUUCUUGACCAUGUAACAUUCUGAUUGCAAGUUCAGGACUUAUUGUGCUAGGGAGAGAAUGACGUGGAUACACUGUUGUGUUAAUGCUCUUAAACACAAGUCGUUUGCUGUGAGAAAUGCGCUGACUGGACGUGUGCCCGCACAUGUUUGUUGUCGACAACAACAACAACAACGUGGGUUGUCUGACAGUUCGGCGGAUUGUGAAUCUACAGACGUCCAACUGGUUUCCCAGCGGCGUCGACGGAAAGAGCAACUUCAAAAAAGUAUUCAAACAAAGAAGCGUGAAGGCGAUGAAGAAUUAUAUUUCGACGGAAAUAAAUUUAAAAGAAUUUCUACCCAGCAACUUGCCGAGUUGACCAAAGCAAAUCAGCACGAAGCGGUGUACAAAACAAGUCUCCAGGACGAUGUGGAUUUUCCUUCUGAUAGACAGAAGUAUUUACAUUGGAAAUGUGAGCAAAGUAAACAUGCGUUCAGGCCUAAAGUUGACCCUGCUAAAACCAGUAUAAUUUUGUUUCCAGGUCAGGGCAGUCAGUUUGUGGGAAUGGGGAAAGAGCUGUUGGAUUUCCCUAAUGUUCUGGAAAUUUACAAAACUGCUAGCGACGUUGUGGGAUUUGACGUCCUAAAGCUGUGUCUUAAUGGACCGAAAACUGGACUGGAUAAAACCGUACACUGUCAAGUAGCUGUGUUUGUAACGUCACUGGCAGCAGUCGAGAAACUACGAGAAACGAAACCCUACUUGAUUGAAAACUGUAUAUCUACAGCAGGAUUCAGUGUUGGGGAAUAUGCAGCUCUUGUGUUCGCAGGAGUGAUGUCCCUUGAAGAUGCCUUACUUGUUCUGAAAGCCAGAGCGAAAGCUAUGCAAGAGGCUUCAGAACAGGUGUCCAGUGGAAUGAUGUCAGUGUUUUGCGGCCGAGAAAGUAAAUUAGGACUUGGAAUGGAGGCGCGAGGGAACACUGUCAGAAGCAACAUGGUAUCAAAGACCCCUGUGUGUUCUGUAGCUAGUUACCUCUGUCCAGAGGUGAAAGUUGUCGCCGGCCAUCAACAAGCACUAACCUUUCUGCAGUCACAUGCUAACAGCUAGUUAAAACGUCUAAAACCUUUGCCUGUCAGUGGAGCCUUUCACACUGCAUUGAUGAAAAAUGCUGUCCAGCCAGUAUCGAAAUGCCUGAAGCAGGUCUCCCUUCGUGAUCCCUUAAUUCCGGUUCACUGUAAUGUAUCUGCUAUGCCAUACAGGGGUGAUAAAAUGAUCCGAGAGAUGCUGACAAAGCAGAUUUAUAAGCCAGUGAAAUGGGAACAAACCAUGCAUGUAGUAUAUUCACGACGCAAAGGAGAGAAUUUCCCAUCGACUGUGGAAUGUGGCCCAGGAAAUCAGUUAGGCAUAAUUCUCAAGCAGGUUAACUCUUUGGCUCACAACUCCUACAGUAAUGUCAUUGUGGGAUAUAUCAGUUGAUCGAAACCUGGAUGAAAAUAAAUUGUUGAAUUAUGCUUUUUGCAAUAAAUAUAUAAGCCUAUGAUGAUGGGUCACGACUCACAUUUGGCCAUUUUUGCAGUUGUCAUGGUUAUAAGAUUGCCAUUUAUACUUUGUACUAUAUAAAAUAGAAAUGACUUCAUCUCCAGGCUAUAACUCCAACAUUUGUCCACAGUUUUAAUUUUGGUGGAUUCAUAGACAGAUGACGAUAUGUUGUGACCCACAUUUGUCCAUUGUCAUGGUUGUCAUGGUAACCAGAGCCAUUUUCCUUAUAUAUACUAUAUUAAUAAAUAUGAUUUUAUGUCCGGGCUACAACUUCAACUGUUUUCCACCCAGAGCUUUAAUUUUUGGUAGAUACAUAGGUACACAGAUGACAAUGUGUCACGACUCACAUUUGUCCUUUUCUACGGUUGUCAUGGUAACCUGAUAGCCAUUUUCUUUGUAUAUACAAUAUGAAAAGAAAUGAUUCCGUGUGCAGGCUACAAUUCCAACUGUUUUCCUUUUUGGUGGACACAUUUGUUCACUCGGUGGUCAAGGUAAGGACUUAUUACCCACACUGACAGAUAGCUAGAUUUCUGCAUUCAAAAUGCUUAUGCACAUAGAGUUAUGAAUGCAUUUAUCAGAAAGAACUUACCCAGCAGUUCAAACUUUCAAGCUCUAUGCACACAUUAUAUUCCAUCAAACACAAUGCCUGUCAUUCCUAGUAAAUGAAGGAAGUGGUAAGAAAUUUGUAAACAAGAACAAAAGUCACUGAGAUAUUAUCUUAGUUUUCUAAUAUAACCAAAAGCAUAAACAAUGCCAACACAUUCAAAGUUAACAGAAUUUAUUACCAAAUAAAA